CGGUAUCGACAUGGUGUUAAAAACGGAUCACGUGAUGCAGCCGGGCGAUCGCUUUGCGAGGAGCUGUCCACCGGGUCGGUACUCGCUGUUCAUCAGUAGUAGUAGUUUCCGAGCUGCGAUAUUUGACGGUCAGUUACACUCGCCGGGACAUCGGACAUCGGUACGUCGGUAUACUCGCAACUGGCUGCAAAUCUCGACACCAUGAAUUUCGUAUUGGCGGAGCCGGAGAAGAAACCGAAGUCGGCGCGUAAAGCGCCCGAUGCGCCUGACGCCCCGGCUGAAAAAGUUGGCAGACUAACGAUUCCCGGAGAAUCCGACGGCACAGGUACCCACCCAAUAAUUAUUAUUCACCCGGCGUCGUACGAUUGGUGCGCGAAUAAUUUAUUUCGUAUUAGCGAUUUUUAAGGCAAUCGCGUACCGAUUGAAAACUAAUUGCGAUUGGAUGUUCGUGUUAUUAUUGCUUGAUCAGCACUAGACUGCGAUAUCGAUAAUUCGAUUCGGUAUCACUAUGGUGGGCAUUUUUUUCUUUUUUUUUUUUAUGCGUUUUCGACGAUAUCGAUACGAGUGUAUUAUUAUUAUCAUCUUUAUAUUAUCCGGUGUCGUAUAAGUCUGUUAUACAUUAUUUACUAACAGUCCCUGAUCGGAUCCAAAAACGUAUGCAUAAUAUUUAAAUCGACUUGCCAGUUCUCGCAGCAUCUAUUUUACAUCGAUUCGAGUAGGUAUUUUUUAGAUAUACCCGUUUGCUUAAUAUUAUUGCUAAAAAAAACCGAAUUUCAGUCGUUCUUGUUCGGUCAGAAUUGUGGUCUGCGAGUUAUUGCGAGUACUCGUAUUUUAAUGCAACGUACGAGCGUUUUAAAAAAGAAUGACGUGCCGUUUUUAAAAUCGUUUGGAUCCGAAUAAUAUUCGAUUAUCGCCGACGUAACGACGACCCGACGGGAAUAUCACGACGCGCAGACACUAAUCGGCGCGCGUUGAGCACGGCGACCGUGUAUUGCGUAAAGCUCGAGACCGUUCGUAAACUAAUUCUUGAAUCGGACUAAAAUCGGACACCGGUCGGGAGCCGUCCCGCAAAGCCAUUUGAAACACGGACAAUUCCCGUUUUGACGUGUUCCGUUCGUUCGUACACCGGCCACGCCGUUCUCCGCGGCGGUACGAGAACGUUUUGUCGGGACCGGCCCGUGUCGAGACGGCACGGCCCGCGUGCGGUGGCCCGGCCGAACAGCAUUUUAUACUCGAAGACCCAGCCGCUCGAUAGACAUGGAUUUUCAUACGUCCUGUAAACGAUUUGCUGUUCAGCGAAAAUCUUAUUUUGCCGAAUCGACAACGUCGUAAUAUUGGAUACGCAACAAUAUCCGUAGGUGGGCAUAUUAACAAUACAAAAUACCCAGUACUGAGGGCAGUAGUAAGUAAAGGCGGGGGGUUCUUCCUCGGGAACAAGGAGCCCAGGUGCUAUACCUAACAACCCCUUUACUUUUAAACAUAUUUUUUUCCUACAUGCGUCACGUACUCGACCUACUUGGAUCACGACCCCUCUAUCAAAAUAAUUUUUCCACAUAAUCGAAUAUUUACUUACUCGGCUUGACUAUACCUAUUACGUUAUCAUAUAACUACGGUGUCUCUCUUAACCAUACCCACUGUUAUCAAAUCGUUAUCAUAUAUAUCUGCGAUUAUAAUUUUACAAGUAUUACGAUAUUUUUCGUCACCGGGCGCUAUAUCCCGCCUACCCACAGUUAAAUAUUAUUAUGCACAUUAUUACAUAAACGAAACGGUUAUUAGCAACGUCGAUGGUCCGUACAUUCCUGGAAGUGCCAAUGUUGGCCAUACCCGUCGUAUUGACCCAAACCACCACGCACGAUCCCGCACACCCUGUCCCGUCUGUACAUCGUAAUUGUUAGUACCUGUACAAAAAUUGUAUACGCAUUUUCAUAGAUAUUACAUAAUCGUCUUUCUGCACAUAGAUUUUUGUCAACGACAAUACAAAUUGUUAUCACCAAUGUCAUCAUCGACCAACAGGUACACUGACGACAACAACACGAUUGUUAAUUACACACGCACACACAUACAUACCUACGGUCGCCCGCGGAAAUUAUAUUUUCGUCGAUCUUAAUAGUGCCGAACGGUGUAUUUUUUAAGCGAAUAAUGCAUGGGCUCCGAUAACAAUAUUUUGAAUGGCCGUUUUUAAUACUAUUAAACUUUAACACGAUUCAUCGUGCGACCCGUCGGCGACAUAAUUAUUAGAGUACCUAUAGGUGGUAAAACCAUUAUUAUUAUAAUAUAUCACCCUUUUUAACACUGUGUGCGCGGCACCACAUUGAUCGUGCACGCAGGAUAAUUAUGAGAGUGUCUUUAUGUAUAUUCCUGUCCAUAGAUAACAGAAUUAUCAUGUACAAUAUGUGCCGACCUCGAUUCGAAAAAUAUUAUUUUAUAAGUAUUACUUACGCUUUAGGUAAUUUUAAUAGCGAUGGAAUACUACGUAAGUAUGAAAUAUAAUCAGUGGUGUCGUCGCCGUUAUCGUGUACACGUGCGGGUAUAAAGGUCGUGAUUUUUCUUCGUUGUACUACUCGGCGGUCGCCCGCGCGCUCGUGUUUUACCCCGCGUACCCGCCGGCUACAAUCGGUUGCAGGUGUCAAGACAAAGGAUUUUACGAAAUAUAACCGUCGGCGUCGACGAACGUACCGGCCAGAGAGCUACAACUUCUCCCCCGCCCGUCUACCCUUUGCAGCGGUCAAAUAUUAUCUAUGUACUGAUAUACUUUUUCAUAUCGACCGUACUCAAAGACAAAAGAUUUUUUUAUAUUCGUGUACCUACACGGAAUAAAAUCGACGACAGCAACAAGGGACCUCCUAUGGGUCCGAGAGCCGUAACCUCUCCCCCGCUCAUCUACCCACCUUUCCGACCAAAUAUUUUCCAAACAGAAAAAUAAUAAAUAUCAUAACCUUCGAGCGAUUUCCUGCACAUGGAUUUCUCAACGACAAUAUUAUCGUUAUAUCCGUUGGACACCGUCGACCUACCGGUUCACAGGUCGACAAUAACACGAUCCUCAUCACACACACACACACACACACAUUGUUAAUAUAAUGCUUUAGACAUUUGUUAACACAUAUAUGAUAUCGAAUGAAAACAAAUUUUUACAUNGAAAACGUACAUCGUUUAGGAUUCGAAUCCAAGUGAUAAAUACGGCGGGUCAAAUUAUCGUCCGUCUGUAAUAUCGGUCCAAUCGCGGACACUCCGCGAUCGCCGUAUUAAUAACGUGGACUUAACGCGGAAUAAAAUCUACGAUCACUUUCUGUUUCUGUUCUCCCUGUUUAUUUCUCGAUCGCACGGGCGCACGCGCCCGUCCUAAUAUACGGCGAUGUAGAGUACGGGAACUCGACAUAUACGUCGAGGGAGAACAAGACACGGACAGUGAUCGUAGAUUUUAUUCCGCGGGUCCACGUUAUUGAUACGGCGAUCGCGGAGUGUUCGCGAUUGGACCGAUAUUGCGUACGGACGGUAAUUUGACUCGCCGUAUUUAUCACUUGGAUUCGAAUCCUAAACGAUGUACGUUUUCAAAGAGUUUUCACCAUACGUAAAUGGUCGGUUUACAGCUCGUGAGGUUUUAAUAAUUUUAUAAGUACAAGAAUCGCUAUUAUGUGACCUUGGAUGUAUGUUUAUUUUAAAAUACAAUGUUCCGGUAAAAUUUGAAAAUUUGUUUUCAUUCAGUAUCAUAUAAGUGUUAACAAAUGUCUAAAGCAUUAUAUUAACAAUGUGUGUAGUGAGGAUCGUGUUAUUGUCGACCUGUGAACCGGUAGGUCGACGGUGUCCAACGGAUAUAACGAUAAUAUUGUCGUUGAGAAAUCCAUGUGCAGAAAAUCGCUCGAAGGUUAUGAUAUUUAUUAUUUUUCUGUUUGGAAAAUAUUUGGUCGGAAAGGUGGGUAGAUGAGCGGGGGAGAGGUUACGGCUCUCGGACCCAUAGGAGGUCCCUUGUUGCUGUCGUCGAUUUUAUUCCGUGUAGGUACACGAAUAUAAAAAAAUCUUUUGUCUUUGAGUACGGUCGAUAUGAAAAAGUAUAUCAGUACAUAGAUAAUAUUUGACCGCUGCAAAGGGUAGACGGGCGGGGGAGAAGUUGUAGCUCUCUGGCCGGUACGUUCGUCGACGCCGACGGUUAUAUUUCGUAAAAUCCUUUGUCUUGACACCUGCAACCGAUUGUAGCCGGCGGGUACGCGGGGUAAAACACGAGCGCGCGGGCGACCGCCGAGUAGUACAACGAAGAAAAAUCACGACCUUUAUACCCGCACGUGUACACGAUAACGGCGACGACACUACUGAUUAUAUUUCAUACUUACGUAGUAUUCCAUCGCUAUUAAAAUUACCUAAAGCGUAAGUAAUACUUAUAAAAUAAUAUUUUUCGAAUCGAGGUCGGCACAUAUUGUACAUGAUAAUUCUGUUAUCUAUGGACAGGAAUAUACAUAAAGACACUCUCAUAAUUAUCCUGCGUGCACGAUCAAUGUGGUGCCGCGCACACAGUGUUAAAAAGGGUGAUAUAUUAUAAUAAUAAUGGUUUUACCACCUAUAGGUACUCUAAUAAUUAUGUCGCCGACGGGUCGCACGAUGAAUCGUGUUAAAGUUUAAUAGUAUUAAAAACGGCCAUUCAAAAUAUUGUUAUCGGAGCCCAUGCAUUAUUCGCUUAAAAAAUACACCGUUCGGCACUAUUAAGAUCGACGAAAAUAUAAUUUCCGCGGGCGACCGUAGGUAUGUAUGUGUGUGCGUGUGUAAUUAACAAUCGUGUUGUUGUCGUCAGUGUACCUGUUGGUCGAUGAUGACAUUGGUGAUAACAAUUUGUAUUGUCGUUGACAAAAAUCUAUGUGCAGAAAGACGAUUAUGUAAUAUCUAUGAAAAUGCGUAUAAAAUUUUUGUACAGGUACUAACAAUUACGAUGUACAGACGGACAGGGUGUGCGGGAUCGUGCGUGGUGGUUUGGGUCAAUACGACGGGUAUGGCCAACAUUGGCACUUCCAGGAAUGUACGGACCAUCGACGUUGCUAAUAACCGUUUCGUUUAUGUAAUAAUGUGCAUAAUAAUAUUUAACUGUGGGUAUGAAUAGUGGGUAGGCGGGAUAUAGCGCCCGGAGACGAAAAAUAUCGUAAUACUUGUAAAAUAAUGAUCGUAGGUAUUGACAACGAAAUUGGUAUAGAUCAAUCGAGUAAGCAUUCGAUAACGUGGAAAAAAAAUAUUUGGAUAAAGGGGGCGUGGUCCAAAUAGUUCGAGUACGUGACGCGCGUAGGAAAAAAAAUAUUUUGAAAAAAAAGCUGUUUGUGGAAAAUAUGUGUCGAUGAAGAGUUGGACAAUUCGGGCGGCCGUGUAUUGGGUAUAGCGCCCGGCGCUCCUUGCUUCCGAGGAAGAACCCCCCCCCCAUUUUCUUACUACCGAGGGCAUGUCCGAUCCCCGAACUAGUCAAUCGUAAUCGAAAUCCAUCAUAUUUGGUCACCCGGUCCGCCCGCCCCGCUCGUGAGGCGAUUGCCUCAGACAAAAUCCUAAAUACGUUACUGGACUCGACGACGUAUGAGAACUGACGGUAUUUUUCACUCAAACAUCGGCCAACGGUGCUCGGGAUGUAAUGCGCACUUAAAAUGCGCGUGCAUGCGAGUGUUUCGUUACAAGUUAAAAUCCGUGUGAAAAAAAAUCCGUACAGUGAACGGAAUUCUCAGUUUCAUCGCAUUAACAUUUUGACCUUGAUCGAUUUCUAAAACUUUGGUUAUUUCGUCGGUUUAUUUUCGUGUAGAAAAACGUUAUCGUUGACCUUUGCACCACCUACGUUCCUCGUUUCUAUAGCAUUUUAUCGCCGUUACACGACGAUAACAGAAAUAGAUUAGCACUGACAAUUUAAUUUGUUGAUAUUGAUAAAAGUUAGAGGUGAACCAUAUACGCGGUACGAUAUUAUGUCGACAGACUUGGCGUGAUGAAACAAAUCAAUAGAAGUUUUAGACGCAUUAAACGUGUGUACUCGUGGAAACGCGUGACGGGGUCGUUGGCGAACCCAGGAUCACAUUUUUGAAAAGAUAUAUUUCUCUUGGGCGGUCUAUUGAGGAUUAAUAGUUUAUAGUGUUUUUACCGGCGCGUCGCGACGAUUGAAAAAUCGAUAAUGUGCUCUGUUAUCAAUUAUCAUAAAACCGUUUUAUUGUUCAACUCUAUUGAACCGAUAGAUUUUACGUGCAUAUCGGUUUGCCGGGCCAAUUUUUCGUUUUGUUUGCUUAUUUCAUCCGCAUCGCCAAGGUAUAUGAACAAACAAAAAUAAUUAUUUAAACAAUUGGACGUUCGUACCGGAAAGGCCCAGAAACUCUUGAAUUUUCUUAUUACUGAUUGUCUUGUCUUUUAAGUUGGACCGAAUCGCGACAUCGAGCGCUAUCUUAUCAAAAUCGGACGUAUAGUUUCAGAGUGCAACGCACCUAAACUCGUACGCGUGAUUUUUAUGUAAUAGGCAUAAUGCGAUAUUGUAAUUAGUUGAUCGUCAAGUGUGUACUCGUUUUGUGUAUUGUAUUUGUGUAAUUUUGAAUUAUUACUAAUCAAUACGAACAACGUCCAAACAUGUUUUAACGAAUUUUAGACAUCACGUAUUGUAGUAAAACAAAUUUUCUAGAAAAAUAAAAUCGUUUUUUAUUGUAUUUAAAUCUGGUCGUGUUUCGGUGUGCGCGUGACACCACCCGGCUGGUGGCGAUGAAUUUUAUAUUAUAAAUUUUAAAUAUCCCACCCCCUAUCCCGAUGGAAAUUCCUGUCCACUCCACUGGUAUAUAUAAAUAAUAUAUUUGAUUAGUUAAUUGUGUAUGAAACCGUUUGAAUCGAAAAUAAUUGCUCCGAACACGAAAUUCUAGACACCGGGGAGAGCUGUGUGCCGGCGAAUCGUAGUGGCAACAGCCCACGUAUACUUUACUUCGACUUGGACUUGCGAGUUGCGACUUCCAAGAGUACACCGGACGAAAACGCGACCGGUUUCGCUUCGCGGUACCGCUUCGUCCACUUGUCCGCCUAUCGUUCGGACCCGCCGCCGCUACCGUCCGUUGAACGACCCGCCGCCGAUACGCACGGUAUGCGACAUACGUAGCGAACAAAAUAUCGAUAAUAUUUCGUUUUAACGGCCUUUACGCUACGUUUCCCGUUAGUUUGACCGAAAAACACUAAACGCGAGUACACCACGAUGAUUUUUAUUUGGCGGUAGGUAUUCUAGGUUAUUACGACUCGCCGUAUACACGGUGGCGACGACGACGAAGCACGGCUUAUACAGGACAGGUGAAGAUUGUUUUCGAUCAAUUAAUUAGAGGGGUGGGUGGGUUCCGACAACGCUGAGCGCUUAGUCAUUUAUGCGCGAACCGGUGUCGUAGGAUUCCCCGAUGACGUAUAAAAUAUUUACCCCCUACGGUAAGAACAUCCUAUAAAUACGAUAAUUUUACACCCCGGUAAAAAUAUCCGAGGAUAUAAUAAUUAGUAUAUUGGACACCCCCUACGAAGUGCAUUUGUCGACUAAAAAUACCUUGGGAAAUAUUUGGUCCCAGUGUGCAUUUUUACUGAGGACUAUUCUUAUAAGAAAACAUAGGAAAUUCUUAUACCCCCCCCCCCUCCUCCCAGUUCAUUGAAUUCGUUGGAGAUUACUAAGCACUUGUGAAAACGUAGAAUAUAUUUACCCGGGGAGAGAGGGGGAUUUAUAUUAAUUUAUUUUGGAAAAAUUUUAGUUUUUACACUCGUAGGAAAUAUUUAGGUAAACCUUGCUGCGUAAAUUGUGUUAAUUUACCCCCCCCGCCCGGGUUAAGUACUAGAAUUGCUCGAUUGCAGCGGCGAGUCCGUAACGCCGCGGCGGCGAGAUGGUCGGUGUCUAGGUGUCCUAGACCCAUUUAUUCGAUAUGUUUUUUCACUUACGACAAUUGUAGUGAAUUCCGUUCAAGAAUAUUAUUUAGUUUAACCUUAGUGUUUAGAUUUGCCUUCAAUACAUUUUCAUCGCAUUCGAUAAAUUUGAUGAACCAUCUCACGUACGGUAAUUGAUCACGUUUUCGAGAAUCGGCCCCGCGUUUAGCCCCCUCGGAAGGGAUUUCUCGGUAUCAAACUGUGUAGGGGGUGCGGCGGACUUUUGUGGUGGUGCGACAAGUCAACUUGUUUGGGGUCGAAACCACUAGCCUAUCGUUUGAUCCGAAAAUCAGAAUGAGCGGGGCGGGUACUUUUAAUGUAAAGCCCAUAAGGUCGUAUACUAGCGAAAGCCCAUCCGUCCCACCCGCGUACGUUGAAAAACAAAACUAAGUUGCCGACGCAAGGUUUCAAACGGAAAAAAAAGUUGUCGCGGCGAACGGUUGGCGUCGAGAAAUGCACGUAUUCAGUAUUACAAUCCACUGGUGGUUAUCAACGCGUGGGUACCUUUACACUCAAUUUAUUAAUUAAUUUAUAAUUAAUUAACGUCCAAUCGGGCAAUCCGAAUAGAAGUGCAUUGCUCAUUAAUAAAACAUAAUAAUUAAAUAAUAAUAAUGAUAAGAAUAAUAAUAGUGAUAAUGGUGACAAGACGCACGAAAUUUUGAUUUUGAAUGCAAAAGGCUACUGGUCGAACACUGGUGUAUUUUAAUUUUCAAUGAGAAAAUGUUCAAUUACAAAUUCAAAGGAACGUCGUUACCUUCAACAAAAGCUCGAAAGAACGCGCAAAUAUUGAUCUAUUAAUUCAAUGGCCGGUCGCCACCGUAUCGCAGACUAUCCGCCGUGUGGUAAACAGGAUAUUAUCGCACAAUAUUUGUUCGUAUUUUUUUACAGUCGGCUGUAAUAUAAUCGGACAAAAUAAAUUCGGAUAAAAUAUUUUUCACUUGAUAUUUUCCGUCCGGAAUACUGUAAAUAAUUUCUUCCGAUCAUAUUUACUAUUCCAAAUACGGGGCGGUUCUGUUAAUUUAUUUUCGACUUUUUACGCGUUUCCAUUAUUAUUAUUAUUAUUUUGGUAUUACGAUACGGCGUCCAGCGGUACAAUUUACAACAGUAUUAUUGGCCCCCUCCCCUUUUUUUUCCCCCAAGUAGAUUUCAAUUUCGUUAUCUCCGACGUUAUGCUACGCGCCCAAAAAAUCUUCGUUUGGUAUUAUGAAUCUCGAAUGCAAAUUUCUGGUCGAGGCAGACGUUGACGGAUUUGAAAUUCCCUGGGAACAUCGGUAAUUGCCGUACAACGACAAUGCAUUACGUUGAAAUCGUGAACGAAAAAAAAAAAUUCACAUUGCCGUGUUACAAUUACCCCCGAAUCCCCCGAUUGCACACCGUGUACCCGCGCGUCUAUUUCGGCAAUAUACUCGACCGAUCAAAAAUGGCACCCGUAUCGUUACACCGUUCCCGUAGUCCGGUACCCAGUGUUAUUCGCCGAAUACGAUAUUUUCGCCGAAUACGAUAAUAUCGUAUUCGGCGGCCUUUAUUCGCGGAGCGUGUUCGGUUUGUCUCGGGUCCCGGUUUUUAUUUUAUUUUUUUCUUGUUAUUCUCUCUCUCUUCUUUUUCCCGUCCGUACCUUUGUGUUCGGCUCGGCUCCGCCGGAGAGGUUCGCUCGGCGCUGUCGUGUUCAGCCACCACUGGUCGCGCUGAUGUUGUCAAACGCCUCAAACGUCGCGCGCCGUUUGUCCGUCAAUUCGUUUAUUUCGGCUUUACUACGCGGACCUUCUCCGCUCAUCGCGUCUCCGGUUAUUAUUUCGUUAUUAUUAUUGUUAUUGUUUCGCCGCGUGACAAUAAUGCGCCAGUCGAGCGGUUUGAAACUGGAGCGGCGGACUUCGUGCUCCGUCCAAGGGUGCAAAUCUAAAGGUACGUACCGUUUUGUAACAUCGUUGCCCUCUUCCCACCCCCCCUACACUUAAUUCACACCCCUCCCCCUCAUUUCGAUUUUGUCGGGGCUACGCGUCGACCGCGCACAUCUUAACGCGGAACACGCGUGCACCUACCGACGUCCUAUUAAUACUGGACUGCUGUGUAUUACUAUGAUACACGGGUAUUGUCGAUAUUACCGGUAGGCGUAGGCGUCGAAAUACCGAUGAUGUGUUAUGUACCCACCCGUUUUGAUAUUAUUAUUAUAGGCGUCGUCGUACACAGAUUUCCGAAUCCUAGAAAGUGUAGGUCGAGGCUGAUCGAAUGGAUAAAAAUAGUAGGCCUGGGUCGCAUGGAUCCGAUUUGGGUCUACAGAACUAAGUACAUUUGCGCUAUGCAUUUCACGAGCGAUUGUUCGAGUCCGGGCACGAAACGGCUGAACGCCAACUCGUACCCGACAAUCAACUUGCCAAGUACGUACCUACGCCACCUACUGCUAAACUAUUAUAAUAUUUUAUUGUUGUUUUAUGUUUCCGGUUCCGUUCCCCGCUUGUUAUGUUCUUAUCGUGUGUACGCCGCAGUGGCGUCGCGAAGCGUCGUACCUAUUUAUUAUGCGCGCAAACCACCGCGGUUUCUUCUGGUCGACGUCGUCGGCUUCUUUUGUUCAGGUACCUGUUCGUAAUGUCUGAUGUGAUUUUCGAGUUUGUUCGGGGACGGUGUCCGUGUCGACAAAUUAAUUAUUGCGUGUCUCGCGAAACGUGUGCGCGCGAGAUCUCUACCCUUAUUCGUGCCCCUCCUAUAGACAAAUUUGUCGUCGUUGUUGUUGUUGUCGUCGCGUUUUUUUCGGCGUUCGACGGGUACCGUGAAUCGAAAACGGUUCGACGAACGCGCACCCGGCCGGUUCGGUUCUCUUUGUACCUACGUGAAUGUUCGGAAAAUCGGAAUUCGCCGCGAAUUUCUCCGCGCGUUGAAUUUGCGCGCGCGAAACGUGCGCCGGGGUGUAUGUAGACGGUCGAAAAUGCGUUGUUUAUUUGCAAUAUUUUUUUUGUAGAAAAAAAAAAAAAUGUUGUCUAGUUUUCCGACAAAGGCAAAUAAUCGCCAGAUGAUUAUUAUUGUCCGCGUUACACGACCAAUCUGUCGCGUUUUAAGAGUAAUAAUCGUUCGGCCAGUAAAACGUGUAACGUGUCGCAAUAAAAACGCAUCUCAUUGAUUUUCCGGCGUGUCCGACCGUCGUCGUCCGUAUCGCAUAUAUUAUUUAUUGCGCACUCAGCCACUCCGACCGGUCUGUGUAAACGUUAUUAUAUUAUAGCAAUAUUUAUUAUUAUUAUUUACUGCCGAAAAAUAGUAAAACGUUUCCGAAAAUCGCGAAUCCGCCGACGACGGUUAACGUUAUUGGUCGUAAACUCUGUGGGGAGGAGGGAGGGGGACGACGACGACGAGAGGGGAUACUUUCCUCACUUUUCCGCGACACUUUGGUUAACACGACGCGUAGUACCAGAGCCGUCUUGUAUUUCAUGUGAAUAAUAAAAAGGAAAAUAUCACAGUCGCGUGUAAUUAAUUUCGUUGCGUUCGUACACGAAGGAACACUGGCAAUACGAAAAAUCUCAAUUCGUCUUAUCGUUGAUAACCGCGCCGACAUUGUUACGGUAAUAUUGUAAAUUAUUAUUAAUCGCCGAUUGCCGACAGUGUCAUUUUAGCGCGUAUCCCUUCGAAACCCAAAUUUUUUCCGACAUCCCGAUUAGAUUUGAAAUUUUCCGUUUUUGAAAAUUGACGCGCAAAACGUACCGAUUUAUUAAUUAUAUUGUCCUCGACGAAAUAGAAUUCGGUUCCGCUCAAACGAAUAACGCGAAUAAAGACGGACGUGGAAAUACCUACGCGGGGAAUUCCCAGUUAUCGAAACUUGUUUUAUAUACCGCGAGAAAACGAAUUUAUUAUGGCCGGUACACGGAUGGCGAAAUAAUUGCAUUUCUUCGGCGGCCGACGGAAUAUUGUUUGUUUUUGUCGCGGUGGGAGCGGGAGGGGAAAUCGAAUCGCUCCGUUAUCGCAAACGUUCGCUUUGUUCGCGAAUACUCGGCCCGUUUCUUGUUGUGUGUUCCGCGAUAACCGUAGAUAACAAUGAGAUACGGAUAUGGCAAACAAUAUCGUAGGCGAGGCGAGGCGAAUGUUGUUCUCGGAGCGGCGGAAAACCCGGGCGACUUCAUCGGGGUUGUCAUUCGUCGCCAUACGGAUAAAACUUUGUGAAAAAUGUGAACCGAUGUUGGAUUGACAAACUUGCUGUGCUUACCGUCCUUCUUGGAACACUGAUAGGGCACGGACGGCCUGGAUAUCUUUAUUGUCUAUGCGGAUUGCGCGUGGUAACCCCGCCCCCCCCCACCCGGUUAUUACGUACGCGCGCGUUUACGGUUUAUGGUUCUUUCGCUCGCGGCCGACGCGGCGCGAUAUAAUUUUAGCCGCGCGGGUAUUUACUUUACUAGUUUUUAAAUGUGACCGAUUUCCUAUGACCGCGGCGGCCGCACGCUUCGAGAGCGGUCUAACGCCGCGGUGUCCUACCGGCGAGCGACCGACCGACGAGGAGAUUUGUUUUGCACGAUUAGAUUUUUCUUUUUUUUUUCAAAUUUUAUUUCCAAAUUGACGAUUGUGUGUGUGGCGCGUAUGUAAAAUAAGUAAUAUUACAAAACUGUGGAUUAAUAUUUUUAUUUAUUACAUUUUUAAAAAUGGACCCAAAUGAUGUAAUUCUUUAUGAAAACUCACUGCUAAAAUAUUACGCUUUAAAGGAACAAAAUAUUUCUAAGACCGAGAAAAAAAAAAAGGAAUAAGACAAUUAUAAUUCUUUUAGGCGAGUAUUCACAUAAAUUUAUUAACACCUUAAAAUGUUUCACACUUUAUACAAUCAACUUAGGAAACAUCCCCAAAACGUUUUUGAAUAUACAAGAAUGAAUAUUAAAACAUUUGACUAUACACUAAAUGAAAUUCGACCGGACAUACAUUACACCAACUACAACAACAAAUUUUAAAACGAUAAUUUAUAUCUCUGCCAUAUUGUAUACAAUUGGUUAUUUCUGUACUUCAGAUAUUAUAAUUUCCGCUUUUUCAUCCAUAACUACAUACAUUUUAAGUAAACAAACACAAUUUAACAAAAAUAAAUUUAAAAAAAAAAAUCACCAAUCCCUUUAAAUAUCUAGAGCCAAAUGACGCCGGUUGUUUUAAAUCGCCCGCGUCCAAAAACGAACGGUUUUGUUCCGGCGCGAGCGAUAAUAAUAUUGUUAUCGUCCGUUCGCCCGCGUUUUUAAACCAUCCAGUCGGGACAUCCCAAUUCUAAAAAUAAUGUUUAAUUAUUAUCGCGUCGCCCGUUCGCAAAAUCGCGUUCACCUAGGACACGCCGUUAAGGUGCGCGAUUCCUAUGCACGCGUCGGGAGACGCGCGCGCGGCUUAACGCCACUAAAAUAAUUAGGCACGUGCGCGACGCAGUCGUAUCAAGGCCUCUGUUCGGUUAGGUUAGGUUGUAGGUACUCGUAUAUUCAUAUAAGCGCGUUUUGAAAUAUUAUUAUUGUUAUUAACCAUGUCCUUAACAAAAAAAAAAAAUGUAUUUUCAAACUACUUCUAUUGCAACAAGUAGAAUAAGAACAGUUAUAAAAUGGGUUCUGACAAAAAAUAAAAAUUGUAGUGCGCGAUGAAAUGUACCAGGCCGGGGAAGCUAAAGGAUUUUUCAGUGUCCCGAUUGAAAAAAAAAACAUUUAUGACGAGACGAAAAACCAAAUUUUUCAGAUAGAGCUGUGAUCGAUUUGAUUAUGCACAUUGAACAUAGCAUUUUCAAGGUCAUGCAAACACGGAUGUUCCCUUACACAUUCAGCCAAUCGUACGUUUUCUCCUACUGUGAACGGUACACUUUUGAUGAAGACAUUUCGUGUCGCAUAGGCGUUCAAAAAAUGUCGAACUUUAAAAAAAAAAAAAAAAAAAAAAAAAAUGAAUAUUUUUGCCAUUGAUGAACGACUGCUCUCGAAGCGGUCGUCACACCGCGGUCGCAGGAAUCGGUCGUAUAUUCAAAGACAAGGUAAAUGUGCGAUUCCUAUGCGCGCGGCCGGCGCGAUUUACCUGUUAGCCCGCGCAGGUACUAUUUCACUCGUUUUCAAACAUAACCGAUUCCUAUGACCGCGGCCGCUUCGAGAGCAGUCAUAAUAUCGCACGAGCCGCGCGCGGUUAAUGGCUAAUAAAAAUUCAUUUUUUUUCAUUUUCAAAGUUCCGACAUAUUUGUUGAACACCUACGUGACACGAAAUGUCUUCAUCAAAAGUACCGUUCACAGUAUCGAUCGCAGCUCUAUCUGAAAAAUUCCCCGAAUUUGGUUUUUCGUCUCGCCAUAAAUGUUUUUUUUUCAAUCGGGACACAGAAAAAUCCUCCGGCUCCUCCCGGCCAAGUACAUUUCAUCACGCAUUUAAUUUGUAUUUUUUGUCAGAACGUAUUUUAUAAUUGUUUGUCCUUCUUUUACUUGUUGCAACAGAAGUAGUUUUAAAAUGCAUUUUUGUUUGUUUUUUUUUUUUUCGUUAUGGACACGGUUAAUAACAAACUCGUAACAAUAAUAAUAUUUUAAAACGCACUUAUAUGAAUAUACGAGUACCUACAACCUAACCAAACAGAGCAAAGGCCUAAUUAUUUUAGUGCCGUUAAGCCGCGCGGACAAAAUUCAAAUCACAACGCGUCGACCGCGCGUCUCAAGGCGCGAGCAAUCGCACGAGCCGCGCGGCUAAUAGCUCCGAUAGCUAAUACAUAAUAUAUGUUGUUGUUCACGUUUUAAUUUUCAAAGUUCGACAUUUUGUGAAUAUCGCGUGCCACAAAAUGUCAUCAAAAGUAUCAUUCACCACAGUAGCAGAAGACAUACAAAUGUUUUUUUUUUUUUUUUUUUUUUUUUUUUUUUGUUUCCGUCAACUAGGUCCAAUGUGUGUAAUUUUAAUUGAUCCCAGCUUGAUCUGAAAAAUUCCCCGAAUUUCGUUUCGUCUCGCCAUAAAUGUUUUUCAAUCGGGACACUGAAAAAACCUUACUUUUUGUCCGAACGUAUUUCAUGGUGGUUUUUUCUUCUACUUGUUGUAAAAGAAGUAGUUUAAAAAUACACUUUUGUUUUUUUUUUUUUUUCGUUAAGGACAUGGUUAAACUAAUAAUAAUAAUAAUAAUAAUAUUUUAAAACGCACUUGUAUAUAAAUAUACAAGUACAACCUAACCAGAGGACUUGAUACAACUGCGUGUACGUGCCUAAUUAUUUUUAAUAGUACCUGUAAUAUGUUGGCCGCGCGUCUCUAGACGCGCGUGCAUAGAAAUCGCACCUUUACGCGGGCGCGGCCUACGUGACCGAACUCAACGCGAACGCUGCGCGAAUCGAAGCGAAGCGUUGCGAUAGUGUCAAACGACCGCUUUCAUUGGAAACGGUCAAACGUGGUCGAACGCACUUGGGCGCGAAGCGACGCGUUGUGAACGAACGAGCGAUGCGAACGCGAUCAAAUGGUGUCGUAUUUUCGAAUGGUGUAUAUUUUCGCGCGUAGUGGUCGCGUCUGCCGAAACGUGUCUAAACGAGUUUGUCACCGUAUAUAGUGAACGCGACGUUAUCAUCUGGUACGUAACCGCGGUGUGCGCGCGCGCGCGGUUGUUUUGUUGUUAUAGUAUGUGUUAUUUUAUUAUCGACCGGCGGCCGCCACUACCGCCACCACCACGACGUACGCCGGUCCAUCGUUUAUUCCAUUGCCGUAUUAUUAAUGGGUAAGUAGUUAGUUGUACGAAAUUAAAACCCGUGUUUCGAACCGUGCCGAAUCGAAUUUUGACCGGACGUGUAUCGCUUUAACAGUUUUUGUUUGCGCGCCGUGCGGUUAAUUAUCUAUCGUUGUUUCAGAAAAAAAAAAGUAAUUAUAACAAACGAACGAUAUGUCGCUUUUUGCCUGUCGCCGUGACGUUCAUUCCGGUCGAAUAACAUCGAUUUAAAACCGUAGUACGGUUACCUACGUACGAUUCGACGUGGACCAAAAAAAAUAUUCCAGUAUUACAUCGGUUUACUACUAAUAACCACGCCGUGUAUUAUUAUCGGUUGUUGUACCGCGGUCCGCGUGCACGUUCUCCGUUAAUGCGCAUCGCGCUGUGCGCGUCGUUGUUUUCACCGCCCGGCCGACUCUACCCCGGUGUUCGUUCCGUCGCGUCGCUGUAAUAUCGUUCCACGUGGUCGACGUCCGCGUCUACGCCGCGUUACUCGCCGCGCGUGAACGCGUCAUUUGCUCGUGUGUGCCGCUCGCCGACGGUCGUACCUCUCCCGGUGCCCGUUCUCAACGACCGACGCCCGCGAGCCGCUAUUUUUGUUUUUGUUCUUUCCCUCCGCCGGUCGGACCGUUCGUUGCGUUCGUUGUUUUUACGGAAGGUAAUUUUAUUAUUAUUAUAAUUGUUGUUGUUGUUGUUGUUGUUGUUUUCGUAGACCGACAACCAGCGACGGACGACGAAGACGACGACGAUUACGACGAUUACGACGACGACAAUUGGGCCGCCGAUUUUACGAAUCCGCCGGAACCCGUCGAUCCGCUGCUGCUGCCGCCGCCGCCGCCGCCGCCGCAGACGACAAUGACGUUGACGACGCAACCGCAGUUCCCGUCGCCGCCGCCUCCAGAUUCCUAUAUGAACAGCGGUAAAUACCUAUUUCAUUUUUUACGAUAUAUUAAAUAUAAUUCGCGUUACGGUACACCGACGUGCACCGAUUGAACGGCGGUAACGCUGUUGUAGUCGCUUUGGGUCGUUCGACCGGGUGUAAUAAAUGUAGACGGCCCGAGGGUGGUCGGUCUUUCAAUGGGGUAUUAUACACCCGGACAUUCCACUCGUCCCCCGUCGCCACCAUCCCGACAGUUUUUCGGUGCGGCAGUUGUCUUCCCCCCCGAUAGAUUUUUCGACGCGGACAUUUUCAUUCGGCAAUCGUAUAGUUGUAUUAUUUAUUAUUAUGACAUCGAUGUUGUGUUUCGUGUAUUUUCGAUCGUUGUAAAAAAUAAUAAAUAAUAUAACAACAACUACAAUAAACACGGAUAAUAAUAAUUAAUCGUGACAUUUUACAAAAACUGUUGAAAUACGUUUAUAAAUAUAAAUAUAAUGGUCGAAAAGGACGGACGUACUACGCACGUGGUCGCCGCGCUGUUUUACGUAGGUAGGUAGGUAGGUAGGUAUGUAGGUAUGUAGGUAGGAUGCAGGCGGAAAUUUAAUGUAGGUAUAUCUGUUAGCAAUGUUUACGAAAAAACUAUUCUAAACGGAAUUCAGUUGAUAGUGUUGCUUUGUCAACAAUAUAUAUAAAUAUAUAUAUAUUAUCUCGUAUUAUCGUAAAAUAAUAAUAAAAAUGUGUGUUUCUAUGACAACAAUGAUGGCUUUAAAAAUAUUAAAAUAAUGAAAACUUAAUUUUAACUGAAAUAAAUAAAAAACUGUCGCUAAUGAUAACCUUAUUUUUUACUCUGGAACGAUUCUAGUUUAGGUACCGUGCGAUUUUUCCAAAUUGUGUGUUUUUAGAUGCUUAAUCUAUUGGUAUAAACAAAACGUAAUCAUUACUUUUGAAGUUUUUGUAUAUAAACCUUUAUAAAGAAGUAUAUUUGGAAUCCAUGUGGUCAAAAAUAAAAACUUUUCAUUAUUAUUAUUUUUAGUUAUUGAUAUUUAGGUAACAAAGUUUUUUUUUUUAUAGAAGUCGGAAUAAGUUUAUCUGGCUUAGUUUUAGAGUUAACAGACAUUCAAACGCGCCAUAUUUUGUUGAGCUCACUCUGACAAUUUUAAUAACCCUCGAUAUUUAUUUGCAAUACCACAAGGAAAAGUGAAAAAUGUAUAGGUGAAAUUAGAAACCCAAUGUCGUCAUGUUUGAAUACGAAUAACUCUAAAACUAAGCCAGAUAGACUUAAUCUGACUUAAAUUAAAAAUUUGAUUGAUUGAUCAAUACUGCUACUAUUAUAGCUGCUGUGACUGGUGACUACUAUAUAAACAUUUGAGAAAAAAUUGGAAUACAAUAUAUUAUAUUAUUAGGUCCACAUUAAAUUAUUAAAACCUAGGUAUAUAUUUUAAAACAGUUGGCUAUCAGCUCUAGUAGGUACUAAGGUAUAUGUCGUUUGGAUACAAUUUUAUCAAUUGGAAUACAAUAUAUUAUAGUAUUAGGUUCACAUUAAAUCAUUGAAACCUAGGUAUAUAAUUUAAAACAGUUAGCUAUCAGCUCUUGUAGGUAGUAAGUAAGGUAACUGUCAUUUGAAUACAAUUUUACUAAUUGGAAUACAAUAUAUUAUAUUAUUAGGUUCAUGUUAAAUCAUUAAAACCCAGGUAUAUAUUUUAGAACAGUUAGCUAUCAGUUCUAGUAGGUAGUAAGUAAGGUAACUGUGUCGUUUAUUCCAGGUAAGCAGCAGGUACUGAUAAGAACUGUUUAUAAUAGGACCGCCUAAAUACACUAGAACCGUAUAUCUUCAGGACUGUGUUCAAAAACUCGCAAUUAGAGUUUAUCAGAGUAAAGUUCACUGUUAUCAGUAUGAUUGAGUCUAUUCCAUAAAUGACUCUAAAUAAGAUUACUCCCAUUAAUCAAAAGAUAUAUUAUUAAUAUUUUUGUAUUGAUAAAUAAUAAUUAACAAGUUAAUAAAUCAAUGAACAUUUAAAUUUUAAAUUUCAAAGUAGAAAUAUUUAAACAUUUAAUUUUAUUAAAAAUAAUCGUAUAAGGUAGUAAAAAUUAGUAUUAUUUAUUAUAAAACUAUAUCAUUGAAAUUUUAUAAGAUGGUCCAUCAGUAUACAAACCUAUUUAAAGUAAGUAUUAGAUUCAUUCGGGAAAUCAUUAAACAAUGAACUUUAAAGGAAAACAGACAUUAGAAAAGUUAAGUUAUUAUUGUUAUUUUUGUUCAAAAUGUCUUAUAGUAAUCUAUAAUUAUAGUAAAAUCUCGUAUCAGUUUUAUUUUUAUAUCAGUAGUUUUAGUUUUAGCAUUUAGAGUUUUCACAUUUUAAAAUAUUUUUUUUGUAAAUCAUUGAAAUAUUCGGUUUCAAUUAUGGAUGGUUUAUCAAAAUUCACACAUUUUUACUUGAUUUUUCUUUUUAGUAUUGAAAAUAUGUUCUGUGUUUCAAUUGAUUUUAAAUGGAUGGUUUUUUAACUUUAUCCAAACAAGUGGAUGGACAGAAUGUUUUUUCUUAGAUAAAUUCACACUGAUUUUAUCUUUAAUGGGAUUAUAUAUGGCUAUGUAUAUUAUAUUUGAGAAAAGAUAAUAUUUAUACAAGUUACAACCAUAAAAGUAUUGGGUACACUUAGUGGCGUAGCCAGAGAAGUCCAUGGUCCUCUUGAUUAGUAGUAGUAAUAGUAGUAGUAUUUUUGUGUAUACAGUUUAUUUCUAUGUUUUAUUUUAUUAACUACUGUCCGGUUGCACAAAACUUUUUAUUAAGUCAAUAAAUUUUGUUAUUGAUCCAUUAAAUUGGGUUAUUGAAUCAAUAAAAAUUAAAAGAUGUUGCACAAAGCUUCAAUGUCUUAUUGAGUUGAUAAAAUAUCUUUCAAAGGUGACUUGGUGACAAAGGUGUAUUGAUUUGAUAAUAUGAAAUUUAUCAAGGUAAAAACUUGAUAAAAAUAUGAAAUUUUUUAUUUUUGUUUAACCAAGUACAUACAUUUUUUUAUUAUAAUUUAAUUACAAUGGACGCAAUUGAGUACUCUUCAUCUGAAGGUGAGCUCAUGAUUGAUGUGUCAGAAAUUCUACCAAAAUAGCGUAUAAUAUAUCAAAUAAGAUAUUUAGUAGACUUGUUAUUCAUUUCAGUCUUUGUGUAUCAAAUUUUAAUUUAAUAAAGAAUAUAUGAAUAAAUUAAUAAUUUACUAAUUCAUUUCAUUUUAUCAAUUAUCUUGUUAUCAACCACACAGCUUUAGAUUAAACCAUUAUGGUAUGUGGUUAAAUUUAUAUUUCAUAAAAAUAUUUUGUGCCAUACAUUUUUUAUUUAUAUCAUUAAAAUACUUUAUGAAACCAAUAAAACUUAUAUUUUUUGAUUUUUUAAAAUUACUUUAAGAGGAAAUAUUAGGUCAAAAAAAUACAAAAUAAAAAUAUUACAUAAAAUAAUUAUUAUUUGUAUUUAUGUUUUAUUUAAAACAUUUUGCAAAGUAUGUUAUUAAAAUUAAUCUUAUCUUAUGCUAUAUUUCAUAAACUUGAGAUCAGCUUGUAUUGCGCAGAUAUAUUUGUGUGACUUUGAAUUUAUAUGCAAAAAAAAGUUGAACAUAAAUAGUUUUGCAUUAAAUUAAGAUUUUACAACAGAAUUGGUAAAAUUAUUACAUUAAACAAUGACAAUGAAUAGUUUUAAUAUCCUUUUAUUUGAUAUAUUUAAACAUUUUAUUUUAUUAUUAGUAUUAGCUGUUUUAUUAACAUUGCAAUUUCUUAUUUAUCAUUUGAUAUUUUAAAUUAUAGUCCUGUCCAUCCACUUGUAUUAUACAGUUUAAAAACCUUUUAUUUGUAAUAUGAAUUGAAACUCUAAACAUAUUCUUCAAUAUUAAAAAGAAAAAUCAAGUAAAAGUUUAUGAAUUAGAUAAUCCAUCUGUAACUGAAAUUGAGCAUUUCAAUGAUUUACAAAAAAAUUUCCUAAAAUGUGAGGAAUGGGUUGAAAUUGUUGAAAUUAAUAGGGAUAGAGAUACAAUGAUUUUUAUAUUUAUUAUUAGAAUAUGAUAUUAUUCUUAAGUACUCAUUACUAGAAACCGGAUUUAAUUGAUAUUGCAAUUAUUUUCGCAAUAAAGAUAAAUCAGAUCUGAUUAAAUAUAUAGCCGAUAUUUGCUAAAAAUAUUCUGUCUAUUUUAUAAUGCAAUUUUUUGCAAUUUUCCCUCAUUUUUAAAUCAUAGGCGUUAUCGUUCAAAUGGAAUUUUCUAGAAGCUUGGAGAGCUCAGCAAGCGAUAAGUGUCUAUGUGUAUAUUUAUAUAGUGACACCAUCAAGAAUAAAUAAACACAGAAAAGAAAAAUGCCGGGUAUACCUUUACCAACCAAACUUAUUAUUACAAGAUGGGGAACAUAGUUAAUGCUGCACUUUUCUAUGCAAAUAAUUUUGAAAAGUUUAAAAACGUUAUUGAAAGUUUAACUGAUGAUGCUACAAGUGUUAAAAAGCUGAAAGAGCUUUUAAAAAGUAAUGCAGUCAAAUGUGGUUUAAGAUUCAUAAAUUACACUUAUCCUAGUUAUCCAUGAAUCUUAAAAACUUGAAGGAAUCUAAUAGUGAACUACUGAAAAGCAUGGAUAUUUUUAAAAAAAUGAAGAUAUUUUAGAAAAUAUUCCUGGUCAAAACGGAAAAAAAAAUUAAAGAAAAAUGUAUGUAUGUAAUUGAAAAAAAUGAAGGGUGUAAAACUUUAAAGUCUUUCUAUGAAGUUAUGUCAAGCAAAGCAAAUGUUAAUUUAGAUAUAACGCCUACUUUAUGAAAUUGUUUUAAAUAUUCACCAAAAACUAGAUGUAGAACAUAGUUUUUCUUUGUACAUAAUUUUAAUUAAUAGAUGAUUAAAUUUUAAUGAGAAUAAUUUAGAAAUGUAUCUAAUUAUCAAUUUUAAUUAAAAAAAAGUAAUAUUUAUCUAUUUUUUUUUUUUAUAAAAUUCUCAUUUUUAUAGUGCAAUUUAUUAUUCAAUGUUAAUGUAUUUUUUGGUGCAAUUAUAUAAUUUAAAUAUGUAAUUUUUGUGUGUUUUAAAAUGCAAUUAAAUCUGGUCUUUACUUUUAAGUUAAUGUCUUUGUAAUUGCUCAGAUAGAUGAGAAAAACAUUUCUGAAUGAUUUGGGCUUUAUAAAUCCUACCUGGCAACAUGUAAUCGUGAUCAAUCAAAUGCUACAUUGUACCAAAAUUAUAUACACAAAUUAUUUUAAUAAGAAAGUCUACACAUUAACAAAUAGAUAUAUUAUUGAUAAUGAAAAUGUCUAUACUAACAUUUUGCUGUUCAACGUUGGCAAUAUUUCUAAAUAAACCUCUUAUCAAUUUUCUGACAAUUGCUAAUAUCCCGUGAGAAAUCUGAAUGUCAAAACUGAUAUAAAAAAGAUAACUGGUAAGAGAUUUUGUAACAUUAGUGAAAUCAUCAGGGUUCAGAACUUAUAGCCUUUGCUUAUUUGUUUGGCCCAACAGAAAAUCCAGCUAAGUGCUAGAGAAACCCUCAUCAUGUUGCAUUGAUCUUGAAUAUGACAUUUGAAAGUGCUUUUUUUUUUUUAGUUUAUUUCGAUUGUUUUUAAUCAGGUUUUUUCAAGUUAUUUAAAUUAUUUUUGCUUUUUUGCAUAUUUUUACUUAAUUGUUAUGACUGGUGCCACAGUAUAAAACUCAGAAAUUUUAGUAAAGCCAGAAUGAAAAAUAAUUUUUCUCCUUAGUAUCAUAUUCGGUAUUCCUAGUAAUAAACUCUGAGACUUGUAUUUGCUCGCUUAUCUCCUUAUCAAGACUCUCGUCCCUGAUGACGACUGUAGGAUUAAAAUUACCAACGUUGUAAUAUCAUUGUAUUGUUAAUUUAUUUCCAAAUAAGUAAAAACAUUAUAAUAUGAUUUUGUGUUUGUGGUCGUGCUUUUUUUUGAUUACUUCAAUAUUUUAAAUGCUUAUAAUGUAUAAGUAUUUAAGUGUUUUCUUUAGCGCUUCUUUUGAUGAUUACAAGUGCUAUGAGUCUCGAACUUUGGAUAUUAUACUAGCGCAUGAGCAGGAGGUACACGGUUCUGUACUGUAUUUAGGCGGGGUGCUUGGUAGUUGUUCGAAAAUGAUAAGACAUUUUUAUCACUAACCACCUACAUGUACACCAACGUAACAAUAAAAUAUCUCAAUUAUUUAAAAUGUUACGAGUAUAUUGUAAUAAUGUACGGAUUAUGUUAUUAAAGUAAGUUGUUUUACUAUUAGUGAUAUAGUAGGUUGUAUUAAUUUUUGCCGAAAACAUUUUCACAUAACUGUGUUUUUUAAUAAUUAAUAGUAAAUAUAAGCUAAAGCUAUAAUAAUACUAGAAUAUUUUCUCAAGAAAGACCUUUUGCAUAGAAACAAUUAAAAAAAUGACUAUAUAUACAUCUAGUUAGAAUAUUUUUAAAAAUAAAUUUAUAAUAAUUGUGAAACUAUAAUAAAAAAUAAAAUUUGUUAAUUCCCAUAUGUCAGAAAAAUGAUAUAUUUAUAACUUAUUUAAAGACUUAGUAUACUGGUUGAUGUUAUUUAAAACAUUUGAAGUUUUUGAUAACUAAUUUAUCCCACAAAAAACUAGCUUCAAUAAGUGUAUACAUUUCAAUUUAUAUAAUUUAAUCUAACUCUUUAGCGACAGAUUAAAUAAAGUUUUAUUAUAACUUAUAAGCCAAUAGCAUGUAAUAACAUGUAUAAAUGAUGAUAUGAGUUCAACAAAUAUUUAAAAUGUCAAAUUAUUAUUUUAUAUUAAAAAUAGAAAAAAAUUAUGUUGAUAUUGGCAACAUUUCAAAAUUAUUGAACUCUACUCAUUUCAUUUUUUGAUCAACUACAGACGGUCUCUUCUGCUAUUUUUCGUGAAAAAGUGUGCGUACUUCGUAUACUUCCGAGUGAAACGUACUUGCUUAUGGCGUACUUGACUUUAGCGUUGGCUUUUAUUCCGCUAUUUUCUGUAGGAACAUUUUUUUAUGUGUUUUGUUGAUAACUCUAAUAUUAAUAACUGAUGGAAUAUCUUUGGGGGUUAGCAAUGUAUAAUAGUCAGUCUGUUUUAGUGUUUUUCGAAUUGGAAUAAAGUUGUUUGUUACAUUCAAAUGUAUGUUUUGAUAUCCGAAAAUUGUUAAGAAAUUCUUCGUCGGACAAUUGAUAUACUGUCCAUUGACGAAUAAGGAUUUGCUCUAUCCUUAACUGUAUGUGUACAGUCAUCAUUUCGUUUAACGUUAAAUAAAAACAAAAAUUUAGUACAAGUUACGUUGUAUAAAUGACCAACAGUCAAUACAUGGCCAUCGUAAAUAAACAAAUGAUAAAAAAAACAAUCGAUGAUAACAACUCUGAAAGAUAACUAAAUUGAAUUUAUACGAGGAAGUACGCUAAGUAAGUUAACAAUGACAUCUCCCGACGUGUCGUAGUUCGCAUGUUUUAAGACAGCAGCCUAGUACGCAACAGUAUGCGAAGCAUACACAAAAUAACAAUUUUAAUGUAAUAACACUAUGCCAAAAACGUAAGCUAAGUAUGCGCGUACUUGGCGUAGUUUCAUUAGCAGAGAAUAGACCCCCUGGUCUCCGAUUUAGGCACUUUUUAUGAAUUCAUGAUAAGAACUGUUUUUAUUAGUGAUGUAAACGAUUUUUUACCGUUCCGUAUAUAUGCGUGUCCACUAGGAUGUCGAUUGCUGAAUCUUGUUCAAAAAAUCACUCGUGGAACAUUUUUCGUUGAGUUUUUGUCGUACGACAUCUGAAAUACUUAUUUUUGAACUUUUCACAGUAUUUGAUUGUGAAACGCAAUUACAGUGGAACAUCGAUAACUCGAAUCUGUUAGGGGCGAAAAAAAAAUUCGAGUUAUCGAAAAUUCGACUUAUAGAGGUUCCACUGUAUUUUGUCACAUACGAAAUAUUUUUGACAUGAACUAUAUUGGUAACUAAUGCUAUAUGAUAAGAAUUGUGACAAGACUACCACAAUCUAUCUGUUUUUUUGAUCAACGUUUUGUAGGUACUUACUGGUUUUUAUAAUUUUAAUAUAAUUAAUUUUUCCUAAUAUUAAUAUUUUAAUAUUAGUAUGAUCAUAAUAGAAGACACGUAAAAAAUAUAUUGUUCAAAUCACCAAAAGGAAAUGUACCUAUUUUACUUGCUUUUAUAGUUAAGAUAAACUUUCAAUUAUAAAAUUAUCAUUUGGCGUUAGAGAGAUCGGUAUAAUUAAAGAUCUUCUUUCUGGUUCAAUUUAUGACUGUUAAAAGCUAUUGUAGUUGCCUAACUUUAAUUCAUUUAAAAAUGUUCAAAAAUAAGUUUUCGUAUUGAGUAAAUGUAUCAUACAUCAAUUUAGACCCACGCCUUCGAUUAUUUGAGCUUUAAUCAUAUUAAAAGCCUUAUACAGCUGCGAGAUCAUUAAAAUGAUCAGUUCUUUUAAAAAACAAAUAACUACAAAUUAACAAUUUGGUUAAAAUUGCUGAUAACAAAGGAUACUAAUAAAAAAAUCGUGUGAAAGUGGAGUCGUACCCCAUAAACCCUCAAAACCUUUUUACGCACAUCUUUUUCGUAUAGAUUUAUCGUUACAUAUUCAAGAAUAGACAAAACAAUUUUGUCGUUCAUCUUUUUCGUUUUCAUGUGACAAACGCAAUUUGCUGUAUACGAAAUUUCAUUUACGAGAUUCAAGAAUCGACCCACAGACGGUAAAAAAAAAAAAAAAAAAGACUGUCUUUUGUCAGCACUUUUUUGUAAUCACAAUUUGUAUUUAAUCUCAUUAUCACGUAAAUUGCCUUAUUACAGAAUCAUAACAUACAAAUUAAUUUUGAAACAUCCUUGAUUUACUUCAAGGACAAGUUUAUAACGCUUUGUUAUACGAAAUAUACCUGUUAAAAUUAAUUUUAGAAUUUAAUAACUGGAAAGAAACUGGAGGAAUUGGUUAUUUCUACACAUUAUGUCCAACAUAGAGGUUUAAAAAUCAAUAUGGACAAAACCAUUAUGAUGAAGUAUUCCACUUAACCUGACAUCAAAUUUAAAAAUAUGUUAUUUCUACACUGCAACCCAAAUUUAUUUGAAUAUUAUUAAAAAUUAUAAAAUAAUGUGUAAAUAAGCUAAUUAUUUAGCUUUUUAUCUAUUUUACACGCUCUAGUUAUUUUUAUUGCAUGUAAUUAAAAUCUUAGUUAUAAAUACAUGUUACAAAUAACUAAUUUCUUUUUCUCUUCUACAAUUAAUGUUUGUUUUUAAAAAUAAGAAUUUACAGAUAAGUAAAACCUCUUAUUUAGCUUAUAUCUGACUUGGAUCAAUUUUUAAAAAAUAUUUUUUUUUUUUAUAUUAGAUGGUGCAAAUGACUAUCAAUAUAUUAAAUUUAAUUGCACGAACUACUCCCAUGAUUCAAUGUUAUGAUUCUGUGAUCAGAUAAUUUAUGUGAUUGUGAUUAAAAAAGAGGUGAUAAAAGGCGCUGUCUCUAGACGCUCGUCGUCUGUACUGGCUAUGAAUGGGGUCGUUGUCUUUUUUUAGGGAAGAGAAAAAGACUAUAUGAUGCCUUUUUUAAGGUUAUUACAAACAUGUUUAUAAUAAUGUUGUUAUCAUUGAUAACAUAACAAUUCUUAUGUUAUCUAUGGUUUCUAUGGUUACCUAUUUGUAAAAAUUUGAAAUUUUAAUAUUUAUCAUUGACCACCAUUAAUCUAUUUUGCUAUUGACAAUAUUUACAUUAUACAUAUUGAAAUUCUAUAGAAUUUAAUAUAAUCGCAGAAUGUAAUUUGUUAUUAAAUCUUAUUAUGAAUUCAAUGAAGGUGUCCACUGGCAUAAAAUGCGCAGUGAUUGUGUAAUUUGGUUCUUUUACUGUUUGUUUAUUUAGGUAGGUAUAUUGGUUGCAACCAUUAUAGUAAUCUAAUAAUCCACGAACGAAUAAAUUAUUUUAAUAAUUUACGAAAAUACGAUUAAGUUAUUUGAAUAAAUUGUUUGAUGUUUAUACGGAUAAUCGAAUAUUAUUCAAUAGUAUCUACAAAUUCGUUAUUGCUUAUCAGUUUCUCACAAAUAAUCACCAAUUAGAAAUAAUAAUGUAACUGAUUUAUGUAUUUGGUAUAAUGGUAUGUCUGCGAAGUGUGAAGGUUUUUAAUUUCCAGUUUGAUAGUCAACAAAAUAGGUUGUCGGCAAAAUGGGAGUUUGCGACGUGGAAAUAAAUCGUAUUGUUUACUAGUAUCCUGCACGGGUCUGAUUUUUAAAUCCCAAGUCCGUCCAAUAUUUUGUUUACAUAGAUUUAGCCCGGCCCGGCCAGGUUCAUCUUAAUGAAAAAUAUACCCGGCCCGGUUCAUCUUACGAAAAAUACUACAAUGGAUUACAAAUAUUUAUUUACAUUUAUUUCCGAUAAUCUCUUAAAAAUAAUAAUGCAUCAAUAGUUUCUGCUUUCAAGCAUGAUCUUCUUUCUUCGAUCACUCUACUUGCUGAACUGAAUGCCCUUUCACUUGCAGCACUUGUUGCUGGUAUAGCAAGAAUCCUCAUUGCCAAUUUAGCCAUUGUCGGUAAAAUAUUUUUUUUUUUUUAGAUUUUUACCACUAAUAAGUUUUCAAUUUUGUCAAACUUUUUUGUGUUUCUAAUAUAAGACCUAAGUUCAUCCUCGUAUGAAGAUGUAACAUCAAACUCACUAUAAUCAUCUUCCCAAUCUGAAAAUACAUUUGAUGUACUUGUUGAAGGUAAUAGUUCUGGAUGAUCACAGGGUUUUUUGGUUGGCUCUCUUGAAUUUUUAGUAAAUCUAAUUUAAUAUUGCCUAUAAUACGAUUUUUUUCACUUUCUCUCAUCAUUUUCAUACUUUUGCAUACUUAAGUAUCCAAGUGAAAAAAAUCGUAUUAUAGGUAAUAUUAAAUUAGAUUAACUAAAAAUUCAAGGUAUGGUGGAAACAAAAAUAAGGCAAUUUCAUGAUUCCAAUGAAGUUUAAAUUUACUUUUCAUUGUACAAAGAGAUCGUGUACCCAAUAUUUUUAAAAUAUUUGAAGUUUCAUCAAUUUGUGUACUAGGCUUAUAACUUUCUAAAUGUUUUAUCAACUUACUGCGAUAUAGGACUCUAAAUUAAUUGUAAAAUACUUUUCACCUUCAAAUUGAGUUGAUGCUUCUUUAAAUGGGAUUUAAAAAAUCAAUUAACUGGUUUAGUAAAUCAAUGUUUAUAUCUUUGAUUCUUUUAUUGUUAUGGCCAUAAAGCUCAAUUACUUUUUGGUAUAUACUUUUUAUUGAUUGAAACAUUAUUACUUUUGAGUACCAUCUAGUUUCAACAUGUUAUGUAAUAGUUUGGAGGAGAGUAAAUUAUUAUCACCAGACUUUUUCAUGCACCGUACCAAUGAUUUAGUUGCUGACAUUAAUAUAUCCACUGGUUUUAAACAUUGUAAUUCUGCAUCGUUAUUUUCUGUUGAUUUUUUUUCUGUUAAAUUAUAUAUUGCUUGUAAAAUGUUGUGUAAAACAUGUGCUGAACAAUUCAUACGUGUAUAGUUUUCUAACGCUUUUAACGAUAUUUGAACCACGAUCCGUUACCCAAAUUAAUUUUGAGAGCCAUUCUUAGUCCAAACCUCAAAAAAUGUUUUGAGACAAUUAUUGAUGUUUUUGCCAGUUUUUUUUUUUUAUCUAUCUGAAAUUAUUUAACACAACAUUUAAGUAGUCAUUCAUCAUUUAUAUAAUGUAUGGUUAUUGCUAUUUACCCUAUAUUUUUAAAAUCGUCGGUCCACAAGUCCGUAAGUAGCUGCACAACGAUUAUCAUUAAAAUAAGGUAAAAUAUUUAUCAACAGUUCACUUCUUAAACUUUCUACCAUUUUAAGCAGUUUCUCGAGAUAGUAGUUGGAUGUGGCAUUAAUUCAGCUGCAUCAAUUUCUCCAAAUCUAGCACCUGUAUCAAUUAAAAAUUGACACAAUUGUUUGAACCCCUCACCAUCUACUGCUUUAAAUGGUCUUAUAUCUAAACUACAAAACUUAAUGCAACGGUCAUCUGCUUUACAAGCGACUUUGGGAAGAAUAUUAGGUUUGUGUUUUUUCACCAAAAACGUAUCAAUACUUUUUUGAUUUAAAAGUUGGCAUUUGUGUCUAUUCAAGUGAGAAACUCCGCUUAAACUACUGUAUGUUAAAAUUGUUUUGCGUUUUAUACAAGAUAUAUAACCUGUGUCUUUGAGAAGUUGUACUUUAUCAUUAUUCGUUUCAAAAAUGCAUUCCCCAGUUUUAAUUUUAUUUUGUAUGGUAGUUUUAUGUUUUCUUUUAUCAUUUGUCGAUAUUGAAACUGGAUUAUUAGAUAUUCCUAUAUUAUGUUCUUCAAAACUAUUCUCGUUAUUAUCUAUAUUGUACAGCUCACACUGCCGUCUACUUGUCUGUCGACUGCACUGUUAAACUAUUCAGUUAUAAGAACAGGUAACAGCAUAAAAUGUCGAAAACAAAAACGAUAAAUGAAAUAUAAUCCACAUUAAGAAUUUAUGAAGUGAACUGAUAACUUAAUACCUAAUCUAUUAGCUAAUACCUAUUGGAAAUACUAAAGUUAUUAAUAGAUUUGUGAAAUUCGUAUAAAAUUUGAUAAGUGCACUUCUUAUUCGGCCCGCGUUCAUAAUUGAAAUAUGAUCUUGUAAGCCUGGCCCGGCCCAGACAACUUACAAGUGCGCACCCAAGCCCGGUUCCGGGCCGGGUCAAAACGGCUCGGCCCGUGCAGGGCUGUAUUGUGUACCUACCUAGGUAUGAGGCAGUAUAAAAAAAAAAACUGUUUAUAUCCUUAGACUUAUACAUCUGGACUGAACAUUCAGGAUGAAAUGCGAUCCAGUGGGUGGAGUUUUAUGCAAGUUUACUCUCUUUAGGCUUUUUAUAUCGGCCUAUCUCGCUUGAUCCAUUCGGACCGACCACGCGUACUCCCUGUCCGCGGAGUAAAUAUUGCGUCUAAAUGUAUAAGCCUAUGUUAACAUCACUAAUAAAAUAAACGGACAUUAUCAGUGCCUGUCUACUUGGAAUAAAUUGUUUAGUUUUUUCUUACUUCCCAAGUACUAACUGCUACUACUGUGACUGAAGACUGUUAUCGAUUUGAGGGAACGUUGAAAUAUGAUAAACCAUUAAAACCUAGGUAUGUAUUUGAAAACUGUACUCCGUUAUAAAUAAGAACACACCAGGCGGCGGACGAUAAUCUGUCAAAACUCGCGCAGCCGACUUACGGCGACCAAUCGUAAAGCGAAUAGACUCGGCCAAGUGGGCAGAACGUCGUUACGCGAUACAUUUGGACGCGCCGAGCGGUGCAUUCUUAUAUGGGACGGAGUAUAGUUUUAAUACAGUUGGCCAUCUCUACGAAAGUAAGGUAUGACUGUCGUUUAUUUUAGUUGUGAUAAUAACCGUUUUUUUUUUUUUUACCGUUUGGCACAAAUUAUAUUGAAAUUAAUUUUUCUAUUGGUUAUUUUAUUUGUAGGUAACAUUGUAUUGUGUUUUGCGAAUAAUAUUGCUCUUCGAUUGGAUAAUUUUACUGUCCGUCACGAAGCACACAUGAAAUAAUACAUAACCCCCGUAAACAUUUCACUUCCGUUGCCUUUUUAAUCGAUUUGUUUUUUUCAUCAAUAAUUAGGUAAUUCCUAAUUUUAAAAGUGGCGUAUUAUUUCUACCAGUUGUAUCAGUUUUUCCAAUUCGUUGGCAGCAACCAUUAAAAAUAAAAAAGUUGGGGUUGGUUUUAAUAAUCCGCCUCUUACCGAGGUUGCAGUAUUCCAUAACUGAUUUAUUAAAAUAAAUAUUAUUGAUAUGAAACAAAAAAAACAAUAUAAUAAUAUAUUCAUUAGAUCCGUUAUAUUUAUGUAAUGUAUAAAAUAGCAUGUAUUGACCGACUGAUUUAUCAUAGCCUUGCCCAAACCACUGGACCCAUCUGCCUGAAAUUUCGCAUACUGAAAUUUAUUACGAUGUAGGUAUCCGUUUAGAAGAUGUGUUAUACCCGCAUCUACUGUCUUGGUUCAACUACCGUGUAACAUGCUAAACCAAUGCUUACGCAGAAGAAGUAAAACUAAUUUAAUUUUGAUUUUGAGAUAUAAUUACCCAUUAUGAAAUUUAUAGAGAACAAUAUUUUGGAUUGAAUGUCAGGGAGCGCGUAAAAAACACCGAAAAUAUUUUAGCCGAAACAAUUUACCCGAAUCGUAUUUUAUAGAGAACAAUAUUUAGGAGGGAAUGUCGUAGUGUUUUUGUAUUAUUUAAAAUAUACAGCUCAGUAUAAAACAUUCAAAAAUCUUUAUAAUUAUUAUUAAAAAUUACAUUGUUUUUAAAUGUAAUUUUUUAACAGUUAAUAAUUCAAAAAAAAAAAACACCUAUGAUAUUCCCUCCUAUUGUUCUCUAUAAAUUUAAUAAUGGCUAAUUUUCCUUUAAAAUCAAAAUUACGCUAGUUUUACUUAUAUAUAUAUAUCAUAGUAUAAACCUAGAUAUUAAGUAGACAUCAGUUAACUCAACAAGUAUAUGAUAGUGAUUCAAUUGAUUAACGUGACGUCCAUGUAAUCAAUAUACUGCAAUCGGUUCGAAUUCGACGGCCAUAAUAAUGGUUUGCAUUCUUUUUCUGCUUUAUCUAACCUACCAGUCGUGGUCGUCUUUCAUCGACUUUUGGUUUACACUCGAGACACUUGCACCUUUAGGACAUUACAAGUAAGUAUAUUUUCUUAUUAUUUUUCGGCUUUAUCCUUAACCGGUGGUCAUUUUUCAUUGACCAACUAGUAGGUUUUUAGGUUUACGAUUUGGACAUUGACUUGAAACAGAAUCGGGAUUAGAUAACAAGUGAAUUACACUAAACAUAGUACUACGUUUAUUAUUGUUAUCAUUGAAAUCUUGUUAUCGAUGUAAUAAACUUAUGAAAGUAAUCAAAGAGGCAAUCGAAGAAUUUAAUUUGUGUCUAGCUCGUGUUUCGAGUAGGGAACCAUUAGUACGCUUCCUGGGAACAUCUUACCUGUCGGCUAUUGGGUUAUAUAUUAGGUCGUCUAUAUUUUUAAUGUUUAUUAAUAGAAGCAGGUGGUGGCCUGGUGGCCAGUAACACCACACUAUUAAGGACACCGUAGCGUUGUGAUUACUCUGAUCUCGAAAAGUUAAAAUAGAAAGACUGCGCGUUUUUUAUGUCCGUGGCAAAAUGACCAUAGACCAGAGAUAGCAAAUAAGUGGCAUGCGUGACAACUUGGCACGAGAGAAAUUCUCAAUGACUCUGGAAGGACUUUCAUGUGCCCAUAUUAUAUAUUAACUUAGAUUGCACAUAUUAACAAAACUAAUUUUCGAUAGUGUAUUAAAAAUUAGUUAUUCUGUCAAUUUUGCGAUUUCGUUGUCAAUAAUUUUCUCUUCAAUUUAUGCUUACAAGUCUUUUCGUAAUAAAUCGUGUGUACUCCAAGACUAGAAACAGAUAAACCAAGGAAGUUGCAAUCGAAAACGUCACCUAGACCUAAAAAAAAAAAAAUAUCCAGUAAAAUUAUGCUAAAGGUUCUUUAUAAACAACAAGUUCGUGUUUUAUAAUUACUUGAUAUAAAUGUAAAAUGUAUAUUUUUAAACAAAUUGUCUGUUAAUAAAUAAUGAUCAUCAUAAUAAUAUUGUUACUAAAAUUAUCUUAAAUAAUAUACAUAAUACCUAAAAAAAAUAACUACUGGCACGGUUGCAACAUUUUUUUUUUUUAAUUGUAUGAUAAAUUGGCACAUUGAACAAAUUAAAUUUGUUAUCCCUUCCAUAGAUAAUAAAAGAAUGUAUAGAGGACAUAGGCUUUAAUUUUUGGUUCUUGAAUGAUACGGCCUUUUGUUUCCUUUCCAUGCCAUAAAUAUUUUGGAUAGUACAAGUUAAAACCAUUAACCUAUUAACCUAUGGAUGGAUCUUUUCUUGUUGGGAGUCCAUUGAAUUAUCAGUUAAAAUGGUGAUAGAUAGCUGAGUAUUUUAUGGAAUUUAACAAUAUUAAGUUAUUGUUUUCUCUAUGAGUUAUUUUGAUCACUGGUCAUGUUAGGUUAGGUUAGGAUAGGUUAAGUAUCAAGGAUCAAGUAAUUUUAUAAAUAUGUUUUAAUCGGAGGUUAAAGUAUUGGAAAACAAACUUUGAAAUCCUUUAAAAUAUGACAUGUGUCUAUAAUAAAUUAAAGUUUGAUUUUUAAUAAUAUUUCUUCUGCAUGCAUUUUUUUCAAAAAAAAAUAUGUGUACAUUUGUAGUCAAGACGACAUGAAAAAAAAAUGUUUGGACUCUGUUUGCCCCUGAAAUAGCUCAAAAUUUAAUUUUUACUCAACAGUACAUAUGCAGUAUCAAACAAAACUAAAAUAAUUACACCAUAUUAUAUCUAUUUAAUUAGUUAUUAAUUUGUUUAUCAAUUUAUCCGUUUUCAUUUAUUUUAUAAAUUAUAAUACGCGAUUUUACCGCUAGAUAGAAGUAUCUUAUAUCAAAAUUAUUUAGUUUUUCAUGCCGAAUUCGGCUAUGUAUGAAGUAUCUGAAUCAAAUAAUUCGUAAAUGAAAUAAUCGAUAAAAAUUAAUUUUUGAUACAAUAUGUGCAGAAAGGAGAUAUGGUUGGUUCCAAAUCUUUUAUCUGAGUGAUUCGUCUUUAACGUAUUGCAAUUAAAAAUAAUAAUUACUAUAAUAAAUUAAUACGCUUUCAAAAAUUUCAGCAAGGGUUUGAAAAUAUCUUCGGGUUGUAAGCAAGGCAUAAAUAUCGAUACUUUAUAAUAGUCUUAGACGUUUAAAUUAGAACCCGGAUUUGUUCGAUUUUGCAUUUGUUCUUUUAGAUCUUUUAGUUCUCAAGUUAUAAUCUGCAAUGUAAAUUACGGACGUUUCCAAUUAAAUGGCGUUUCAGCGUGUGUUUAUUAAAAUCGAGACGUGUGUCGCACGGCGCCAGUUAACAAAAUUAAAUUCGCCGUAUACUCUCUGGCACCGGCUAUUAAGAAAAUAUUGCUCGGGUACAUAGUGGUGGUGGUGACUUUUUUUCGCGGAAUAUAAACAAGAACAAAAUGAACGCGGGGAGAUAAGGGUGAGGUCAUAGAUCCGAUGAUAAUAAUGCGCGCAGCCGUGUAUUUUAAACACGGCGACCAGCGGUAUUAUUGUGUCGUUGGUUUGUCGCGUCUUAAAUACUGACCGGCAUGCCGGUAUUAAUUGUUUGUAGGCCGUUCGUAAACUAAUUAGGAGCGUAUUAACACGACGUGUGUUGCGUGUGCACGCCCGGGCGUAAUAAAAACGCGGGUAAAAAAAUUACGGAUGUUAUUAUUAACACGUGGUCGAGGAACACGCACACGGGUCACGGGUCGCGGCGCGCUCGCCGGCCGACGGACGACGUGGUGUUGUGUGGCACGGCGCGGCGCGCGCGCGUCGCGUCACGUCGCCGAUCCGCGACGCGCCGGAAUUUCAAUAAUACCGCGCGCAAUCUGUUAUUAUUACCGUGUUUUGAUUAUUGUUCUAAACGAGAUAUCGGUUCCGCGAUUUGUGUUUUUUUUUUCUUUUUUUAAUGAUCUCGCGUGACGCGUAUUAUCGUGUGUCGAUAUAAAACGCCGCGUACCCGUCGUUGUAUUUCUGUUGACGGUCGGCCGCCGUGUACUACCCCUAUUAUCGCGGGAUAUCUGUUGUCACUUUUGCACCUGUUCAUCACGGUCAACGUCCUACCGCGUAAAUACCGUGGUCCGGGGACGCGUGCGGAAAAAAGUUUUCCGUGGCGUCUUUUUUGAAAAUCCAGUUAUUUGGAAAGUACGAAUUUUUUUAAUCAACGUGCGACAUUUUUUUGUUUAUGAAAAUUAGCUGUACUUUACUAAUUUUCGCGAAGUUUUAACCGUUGUGUUAGGAAUACCUUCACGAUUAACUCCCCCGUGUACAUUUAACGAUGUUAAUCCAUUUUAAUAUUUUUUUCGCCUGUUACGUAAAUACGUUUUUAAGCUGCGAAUGGAAGAAAACGAGCGUUCACUUGUAGCUACGGAUACAUGGGAGCGUAGUACCAAUACGCGAAAAUCGAUGAGCUAUGAUUGGUACAGUGUUGAAUCGCAUUUGUUUGCAUCAACUUUCUAGAGCUUCGGUAAAGGUUAUUGGUCGAUUUUCAUUUGGCAUGGCCAAAUUAUGCCUGUUCCAAAUGUAAAUGUAGAAUUAGUGAGAUAAAUUAGCAUGUAAAACUCGAAUGAGCUUGUCUUCGCCUCGUGACUAUUUCGGCUAUUAAGUCCUCUGAUGUUCUCAUUAUUUACAAUACCCUUAUCCACAGUAAUUGUUCCGUUAUGUUUAGCUCAGGUAUUUCCUGUGGUGUACAUUUUAGAAUUCUUUUCUACCCACGGUCAAUACAAAAAGGUAUUAUUUUAUUUUAUUUAUAAAUCCUUGUAGUUUGUGUUGGCAUUAAAUUUUUAUUUUGCUUUAGCCGGUUCUUUACAGAAAAAAUGUAAUUGUAUACCUGUCAAUUAAUGUAUAAAUUAACAUUGAAAUUGAAUAACUAAGUAACCGCACAAAAAACCAAAUUUUUUCGGGGGGGGUGUUUGAACACCCAAAACACCCACCCUGUGUACGUUCCUGACGAUAGUUAUCACUUAUUCGGGUAUUCGCCAGAUUGAAGUUCGCUGCUCAAAUGCAAGGAGCAAAAUAUGAGUACGCUUACCUUGUAGGUCUUGAUGAAUCGCGUUACAAUGUAAACAGUAAUUGAUUUAAAUUGAUCUAAAUGGGUCCUCCGACACUUCCGUCACCGGAACCACUGUACUGUUUGGGUGCAUGUAUUCGGCUGUACAAGGCCCUCGGAUAUUGAAUUAGUGACGACGGUGCUCUUAGUGUAACGAAUUGUCUGUAAUAUGUACAACAAGAAUGAAGAGCGUAUGGAGGUAGCGUUUUUGUUCGUUGUAUCAAUGUACGCUAACUAUAUUUUACCAAAAAAAUAGACUUGAUAUUAUCUGUAAAUAUGAUAUGGAACUAUUCAGUUAUAAUAUUCAAUAAGUAUCCCACGAAUAGACAACAAGGCCAUCACUAGCCGCGAUUUGUUGAGCUCGUGUAAUCUAACCAGUCGGGUGGCAAUGUGUUGCGUAUUUUUACGUAUAAGAAAACUUAGAGGUACACGUUUAGAGAUAUAUUAUGGUAAAGUCAAAGUGACGACCGGUACAACUACCAGUUUGUAGGAGGUGUGGAAUAACCAAAUAUAACAGCCCUCUUACGGUUGUAUAGAUUUGUAAGAAUGUUAGUAAGUUGGGAGUGAGUUCGCUAAAGGUAAUGUGCUCCUCCUGCCUGACAAACCCAGAAAAGUCGUAAAAAUUGUGCGUGUGCCGCUUUUAUGCCUUCCACGGUCCUCCACUCUCUAACGACUCCCACUUGACCGCCACAGUAGUAUAAAGUAGGGUGCUCUUGUGUUGGCGACAAGUGAUUAAUAUUGUGAAUUAAUGUGUGGCGCACUUAAGUGGCAAGAUCAUUUGUGAUGGAACUGGUAAUUGUACCUACUACGUCACUAUGGAAGUUUAUUUUACAAAUAUUAAAUAUUAAAUGUAUUACAACCUAUAAUAAUAAAUUAGGAAUAUUUUGGCACUUACUAAUACAAUAAGAUAUUUUAAAUUGUUUCGUAAUUAUUUUAAAAAUUUGCAUUUGAACUAACAGUUUAUAUAAAACAAUAGUAUAUUAUACAAAUACAGUUCAUGUGGUGUUUAUUUAUGCUUUUAUUAUUUUAAAUUUUUUUUUUUGUUAUUUAGUUAAAAAUGUGUUCGUAGAGACCUGAAAUUUGGAAAACUUGUAUUUGUUUUUUUCUAAAUGUGGUAAGAUUUUCAAAAACACGAGCCAUUUUUUGAACUAUUUAUAGAUAUUUUAAUUUUGGGAGUUUUUUUUCAUAAUUUUUAUUCGGUAGGUACUCGGGAUAAAAUUGUUAGACCAACAAGAAAAUCUUUAGGUUUUAUGUAGUGUUUUUUUUUUUUUUAUUAUUUAAUAAUAAUUUUAAUAAUUUUAAUAAUUAUAAUGAAUAUCGUAAAUAUUAAAUCAUGUUUAACCUGAACUUUGUUCAGAGUCGUUUAAUUUCAGUAAUGAUUAAUUGUUACGUACAGAUAAACAUUAAAUUCCUUUCUAUAUCCUACCUUUCCAACUUCUCAACUACAUUAGUAGCUCACCUGUCGUGCGAAGUAUAUCCAUCUUAUUUGAUUUAUAAUUUCACUUUUAACUUAUUAUAAUUUAUUAUAAUUAUCUCUUGAUAACUUUGGUUAUGAAAUAUUUGUUUGAAAUUGUGAGUCGAUAUAUCAUGAAAACUGAAAUAAUAUUGAUAAUUGAUAUUAUAUUUUUGAAGGUACCCAUAAAAUUAAAACAUUAUUAAAACGGUAUUAAAACAUAAAUUGUUAUAAUUAUUUUAUGUUAUAGAUACAUAUAGUAUUAUUAUUAUUAUUAUUAUAAAAACAAUACAUUGUGAAACAUUACAGAUGAUGGUAACGGAGAUGAAAACCUUUCAGAAAUAGAUAGAAAUACAAUGAAAUCAUACAAACUUAGUGUAGAAGGUAAAUUAUUUAGAAAUAAUUUUAACAAAUACAUUAUUUUAUUUUUUAUUGAAUAAAUGAUUGUUUUGUCAUGAACCAGUGAUAUCUACAAAUAUUUCGAGUGUAGAUAAAUUUGAUUUUUUUUUUUUUUUUUCAGUCAAUUAUUUAUUAAUCUUACAAUAGCUUCACAAUGUUAUUAUGCUUACAAAUACAGUUGUCAAAUUAGCAACACAUGUCUGUAAAUCUCUGAUAUCUUUGUUUUUAAAUUUCGAUUAUGCAUAAUACUAAUAUCUGAUUACAAUAUUCUUUUAGUGAAUUAUAAGUGUUGUACAAUUAUUACAGAUUCAAACUUAGAUUAUAUGACUAGAGAAGAAUAUUAAUUUCAUAAUAUAAAACACCCGUGUUUAGAUUAAAUCAUGGGUAAAUCAAACAUUGAUAAUAUAUGUUUCAUGUUUAUGGUUUAAAAUUACAUUUUGAAAAUAUUGGUAACAAGGUCAUUAAACAGUUUUAUGACAAAUAAAAAAAAUAAUUCAAAUAAAAUUUACUCCAUCUUUGUAGAAAAAAUGCUAGUUUGUGAUAGAAUAAUCAUCCUGUACAUUUGAAUCUAAUUAUUUAUUUGAAUAAUUAUUAUGAAAGUAGGAAAAUUUGGUUGGAAUCCUAUAAGUGAUCAUGAGAGCAUUCCGUUCAUUAUGCGCAAUGUCAACCAGCAUGAAUAUUUUGUGCCCACCAGAAUGGUCAACAUUACCAAAUAUUUAAAAACAUUACACUUGGAUAUUUUUUAUAAAUGCUUGUCAAUAGACAGUUUUUUUAUUUCAAAUUAUGAAGCUAAUCUUUUGACCGUUAUAAAUUCAGAACACUGCGACAAUGUGUACGGUAGUGAAAGUUUUUACACUAACAAAGAUUUUAUAGUCCGUUUAGAGGACGUUGUAGAACUUUAUGCAUUCUUAGAAUGUUGUACCAAAAAAUUGAAGAAAUCUACUAGUAAAAUACAAUCCAAUAAAGAAAAAUUUGGUUUCAUACACAUAUAUUUGAAUUCAAAAAUAAAUUCGUAUGUGCCGUUUGUCAAGAAAGAUGGACACAAGUGUGUUCCACUAUUUUUUUUUGAAGGACAAAUCGAAAACUUAAAGGAUCACAUUUUUGAAUUAGAAGGUUGGGACCUGACAUACCUUAAGUUUUGUUGUAGAGUUCAAGAUAUCAAAGCAGAAUUCUACAGUGAAAGUUCAUGUGCAGUUGUCAGUUUAGAUAAUAUCAUACAAUAUUUUGAGCUAGAAACUACUUUUGAAGAUUUUUGGCCCUCAGAAACUAUAGAAUUAAGUCAACUUUUGCAUUGUCCAAAGACUGAAGAAGUUCCAAGCGACAGCUGGUUUAAGAAGCCAUAUUAUUAUGAUUAUAUAAAUGCAAAAAAAAUAAAUCGAUCAAACUCACCGACUACUGAGCUUCAAACAGUAGUUCUACUACCAGCACGAUCAAACUCACCGACUACUGAGCUUCAAACAGUAGUUCUACUACCAACACGAUCAAACUCACCGACUACUGAGCUUCAAACAGUAGUUCUACUACCAACACAAUCAAACUCACCAACUUCAGAGCUGCAAAGAGUAGCACCACUACCAAUACAAUCAAACAUACUGACAACAUCAUCUGCAUAUGAGCAACAAAUAGUGGAACCACUACCACUACUACCACCACAAUCGCCAAUUAUAUCAAAUUUGAGUUUGGUUUGUACUAAAAUAUUGUUAUUCAAUUAACUGCUUUUGAUUAAAUAUAUUUAUAUUUUUUUAUGUACAGGAUGAGUUACAAAGAUUUAAUAAAUGCAAUGAUGUUUGAUAUUUUUAAAGUUUUUUUUUUUUUUCUUGUAAUAAUAAUUUCUAAAGAUUUGUGCUACAAAUCCUUCCUUUUAUAUUCUUUUUAAAACUAAAACUAUAAAAUUAAAAUUUGUUACAAUUUCAGUGUUGCUAAUAUUUACUAAUGAUGAAUCAUUAGUUAUAUAAUUUGUUUUUAUUAUUUUCAUUGAAAAAUUUGUGAAUCGAAUGAUACUAUUUUUUGAAGUUUAUGUUAAUGUAAAUUGGUUUUAAUUGUCAUUUUGCAUUUGUUAGAUCUGCAUGGGACACUGUAAACAUUUUAAAUUUGAUCUAUUGAUUUCUUCUUUUGAUAUUUGUUAUUUGUGGUUGUGCUAUUUUGUUAUUAUACAGAAUGUAAUAGGUCUAUUUAACAAAUGUAAUAAGUAGGGCCCGGAUUUAUAUGUACUUAAAAUUCAUAAAAAAGCGUUUAAAAAUGUUAAAAAGCUCUAAAAAUUAUUUAAAAAAAAAUAUUUAAAAGAGCAAUAAAUGUAGAGGAAUUCAAAGGUUUUCUCUUCUAUUAUUACUAAUAUAUUAGAAAUAAUUUUUUAACACCAAAAAAAUGUUUUUUUCAAAGUAAUUUUUUUCAAAUAAAUUUUGUACAUGUUAAAAAAUUAAAUACUUAGUGUUAAUCAUUUGUCAGUGUUAGAAAUAUUUAUUUAAUGGUGUGAGAACCAUCAGAAUGUGUACUUUAAUAAAACUUGUCUACCAUUUGCUUUUUAAAUAUUUUCAAGUGCUAUUUUGAUGAUUUAUGAACUUUUUAGUAUUUUUAAGUGAAUACCUAAAUUAGUGGUCUAGUAAUAAGUAUUUUAUUUAAAUUAAAAUUUUUUUUUUGCUAAUUUAUACUGGCGAUAAUUAUAUCUGAUAAAUGAUAAGUGUUGACAAUAUUUCAUGUAAAAAUCAAUUUAAGCAUUUAAGGACUCAAAAAAUUUCAUAAAAUUAAUAUAAAAAUUGUCAACCCGACUUCAGUGAAAGUUUUUGAAACUAAAACUUUUCUAAAAAAUCAGAUUUACAAAAUGUCUUUUAAAUAAAUUUUAAAACCAAUUCUUACAUUUUUCAUUUUAAAUUUUUUUGGCCAAAUAUCAAGAUGCAAUAAUGAUUGAAAAGAAAUCAGUAGAAAAAAAGUUAUUAUAUUAGGUAAAUAGUCCUAUUACAUCUGUUAUAUACCUGUUGUUUAGAGCCAUGGUUUCUAAAAGUAUGUCAUGUAAAAAGUAUUUGUCAAAUUAUAAUAAUUUCGAUGUUUUAUUUAAUUGGAUUUUUUAGAAUUUACCAAACCAUCGACAACCUAGCAAUGCAAGUGAUUUUGAUGUUUCAUUUGGUGUUGGCGGGAAUCAAUCUGCCAUUAGGUAAUUUUGGAAUUCUGGUUUAAUUAUAUAUUAUAACUAUGAAAAUAAUAACUUUUAAUUCAUCAGGAAUCCGUUGCUAUUAUACAAUGACCAUACCACAGUUAAUAGUAGCUUACUCAAUAAAGAUAAUACAAAUGUUCAGGCCCAUCAUAGACUGCCUCAACCUAAUCUACUGAAUACUAAUUCUGUGACACCUCAGAUGACUUUAAUAGAUUCGGUUUCUCAAAAUACUCAGGAAUGUAAUGCAAAAAACAAGGUCAAGCCACCAGAAUUUAAAAUUGUAGACACUUUCUCAGAUCCUGCAACACAAUCGGAAGACACUUCUGUUAUAGAACUCAUCAGAAUUCAAGAACGCGAUUGGCAAAUAUCAUCAUCUCAACUUGCAUAUGAGGUUAUUAAUUGAUAAUUAUUUAAUAAUAAAUCAAUAAUGUCUCAGUCAUUCAUUUUUAUGUGGGUAAAAGUAGUGACUACUCAAUUCAAAAUGUUCUUUGUACGGACAUUACCCGUUAUUAAUUUUUUUGUAUACAUAUUCUGUUCCACAAGAGAACGCUACUCGUUUGCACAUUUAAAUGAACGAGCUCUGCUGUUUUGUAGUUACUGGUAUGUUAAUAUGUGUUUUAGUUGCUGUCCAGUUAUCUUCUCUUGUGAAACGGAACAUGAUUUUCGAGUUUUAACAUUGAUUGAGGAUAUUAGGUAGUUUCAUUACAUUUGUUGGACUUUUGCAACAUUUUAACUAAACCCAAUAAUAAUUCAAUGUAUUCCAUACACCAACCAUAAGGCAAAAAUGAAAAAUAAUUGUAAAGUAUAAUUUAAAUUUUAUGGUGUGUAAUUCAAAUAAAUUAUUAAUAUUUGGAGUAGUGUAGCAAGAGAUUUAUUGGUUUUAUUGGGGGGUUUUUUUUUUUUUUUUUUGUAUAUUGGGAAAGACCAGAAAGAAAAUUAUAGGUUAGGUUCAAAUAUUUACAGCCCCUUGCGGUUUUGAUUUUAUUAUGCUUAUCAGAUGUUUUCUAUCAGAAAUAUUUCUCCGAUCCAAGAAUAAUAUGAGGUUGAUUAUGUUUCUUUUAAUAUUAUUUCCCCACUGAUAGAGUAAGUCGUUUUUCAAUAUUCAAAGUAGUUUUUCUAAUUAUUGGGUAAAACAAUUAAAAUUGAUAAAUAUUUACUGCAACAUAGUGUCCUGAUUUAAUUAUUUUAUAAUAUGUUCAAUUUAUACUUUCCUACCAGAAAUACUGCUACAAUAGAAAAACAAAAAAAGAGACAUUUUUUGUUGAAUUUUGUAAUUUAGUUUGUGAUCUAGUUGUAUUUUGAUUUUCUUUGUAGUUUUUUUUAAUAAUUAAGCAAAACUGAAAAAUACGUAGAAGAAAUGGGAAAAUGAAUGAAAAUAAUUCUUUUAUUAAUUAAUUUUUUUUUCUUUUAAUGAAUUCAGUUUAAAAUAUCUAUAAACCCUUACACAAUUGACUGAAAACUAGUAUUUACUUUUUUUAGACAUAGUAAAACUUUUUUAGAUCAUUUGAAGAAUUUUGGAGCUAGGUAUUUAUAGACAUCUAAAUUUUGAGAGUUUUUAUACAUAUAUUUUACUAUGUAAAUAAAUUGUUAGGAGUUAACAGGAAUGCUUAAAAAUUGAAUAGGUUUAUUGUAAGUCAUACUUAGUAGUAAAAAAAAUUCUUGUGUUUUUUAUUUUUUUUUAUAUAUAUAAGUUUUAACAUUAAAUUUUGAUGAUAAUUGUAAAUAUUAUAACCUUUCAAAACAUAAUUGAACUUAAAUUUCGAAUCCUUUUAUGUUAUCAAUUGUAUGCCAUUGAUUACAGGUAUAAAUUAAAUAACUUAAUGUAUUCUACCUUCCCCACUAUUACCUUUUCCCAUUCACUUACAACAGUGGCCGCACCCGUCCCCAGUAUCAGCUCUUAUUUUUCACACUUUGUUAUGAACUGUUAUGAAAGAUUAAACAGUUACAAUAUUACUAUAUUUUUUUUUGGAUUAGAUUAAUUGUACUAUAAUUUUUUUUUGAAUAAAAAAAUAUGCAUUAAUAAUUUUGUAUUUUAAAAAAAAUGUUGAUAGUGCUGAUAGGUGUUCCACUGUUUUAAGAGAGAUGUUAUAAAUUUUUACCGAUUUAUUAAGAUAAACUACAAGAAAUCAAUAAAUUAAAACGAUCCCAAUGCAUAAAUAAUAUUAAAAGUGCUAUAUGGAAGUUAUCAUAGAGUUUUUAGUUAAGAAAUAAAAUAAAACUUGGUAAAUCCAAUACAUUCUCAUUUUACUGGGAAUCUAAUAAUAAAAGAACAUCAGACAUCAAACCAUAUUUAAAUAUUAUUCUUGAAUUUGUAUUAUUAUAAUUUAUCAGUUCUGAGUUCAGAAUUAAUAUUUUUAUUUUAUAAGAAGGUAUUUGAUUAAUAUUUAAACGUUUUUGAUAAUGAAGUACAAUUUUAGAGUGAUACUCUAACUUUUCUAUAAUUUUGCUGAUUGUUUUUAAAUUAAUAUCAUUUAAUAUGUAUCAUGUUUUAUUUAUUUAUUCUAUUUGUAUUUGUUUAAUAUAAUUUGUGAUAUGUUUAUUCCUUUCAUGUUUUCGUUACAGGUGAAGUCUACGACACUACAAGGAAAUAUUAUUAGCUUCAUAAACAAGUCGCCAUACGAUUAUUCUGUUGUGUUGGUUACGUUAAAAGAUGUAGUCAAGUGGUUGAUUCCUUUUAGCAAUAUUGAAAUUUGUGGACUCAUUUUCCAAAAUGAAUUACAUAAGACUUUGUACUGUGGAAAUACGUAAGCAUACCCAUACAUUUGUUGAAGAGCAACUGUAAUUGUUUUUAGUAAUAUUAUGUACUUUUUUUUUUUUUUACCAGUGAACAGAUUUCCUUGCUGUAUAAGAAUGGGGUUGCGGAUAACCAAAUUCCAAUAAGAACACCUUUGAUAAAUUUACGUGAUGUUAAUGACAAUUUGGAAGAUCUCGAAUUAAUGGCAAAUUUAUUACAUGAAAAAUAUUUCAAAAAAUAAUAAAUAAAAUGCACACUUUUAUUACUGUAAUAAAAAAUUUUGGUUGAGCUAUCAGUGUAUUUAUUGUUAUCAUACAU